AUGAGGAUGGUGAAGAACAAACACAACAAGAAACAACCAGCAACGUCAUCGUUACUGCGUUGUUCACCGGUUUCUUUAGUCUUAUUAUCAACAGUUGUGGGAUGCGUUUUCAUGAUUCAUCUAACAAUGUCAUACACCAGAAACUCCAGCGUAGAUCUCGAAGUCUCUUCUCCUCGCUUACUAACCCACCAUCCGAUCGUCCACGAGCUCGAACGUGUCGAAGAAGAGAACAUCCACAUGCCUCCUCCUCGAAAACGCUCUCAGCGAGCCAUCAAACGGAAACCGAAAACACCAACCACGUUAAUCGAAGAGUUCCUCGACGAGAACUCGCAGAUCCGACACCUCUUCUUCCCCGACACGAAAACCGCUUUCGGUCCAACCAAGAACCCCAACGACACGUUACAUAACUUCCUCCCCGGGAAGAUCUGGUUGGACACUGAAGGCAAUCCGAUCCAAGCUCACGGCGGUGGCAUUUUGUUCGAUGAAAGAUCUAAACUUUACUAUUGGUAUGGUGAAUACAAAGACGGACCAACUUAUCAAACUCACAAGAAAGGUCCAGCUCGAGUUGAUAUAAUCGGUGUUGGAUGCUACUCGUCUAACGACUUAUGGACAUGGAAGAACGAAGGAGUCGUGUUAGCAGCAGAAGAAACAGACGAAACCCACGACCUACACAAAUCCAACGUCCUCGAGCGACCUAAAGUGAUCUACAACUCACAAACCAAGAAAUACGUCAUGUGGAUGCACGUAGACGACGCCAACUACACGAAAGCCUCCGUCGGCGUAGCCACCAGCGACGAGCCAACAGGUCCGUUCGAGUAUUUAUACAGCAAAUCCCCGCACGGGUUCGACAGCAGAGACAUGACGGUCUUCAAAGACGACGACGACACAGCCUACUUGGUAUACUCGUCGGAGGACAACAGCGUGCUGCACAUCGGUCCGUUAACCGGGGACUACCUCGACGUGAAACCGGUUAUGAAGAGAAUCAUGGUGGGACAGCACAGAGAAGCUCCGGCGAUAUUCAAACACCAGAAGACUUACUACAUGAUCACGUCGGGUUGUACGGGGUGGGCGCCGAACGAGGCGCUGGCUCACGCCGCUGAGUCGGUGAUGGGGCCGUGGGAGACGUUGGGGAACCCGUGUGUUGGUGGGAACAAGGUUUUCCGGUCGACGACGUUUUUCGCGCAGAGCACGUUUGUGUUGCCGUUGCCGGGCGUUCCGGGAGCGUUUGUGUUUAUGGCGGAUAGGUGGAAUCCGGCGGAGUUGAGGGAUUCGAGGUAUUUGUGGCUGCCGUUGAUUGUUGGUGGACCGGCGGAUCGGCCACUUGAGUUUAGUUUUGGGUUUCCGAUGUGGUCGAGAGUUUCUGUAUAUUGGCAUAGACAAUGGCGGUUGCCUUCAGCAGGAGGAGAGAAGAAGAUUGCUUGA